AAGUCCAGGCCGCGAUUCCCUCAGCCUCAACCUUGGCCGAUUGAACGGAGGACGUCGAGAAACACCCCGGAUAACGGACACACCACACCAUGUGUUUCAAGGCAUAAGCGACAUCGUUAUCCGGGAUCUCUUCCGCCAGAUCAACACUCGAUCGACACACGAGACCGAUACUGAUCUGUUACACCACGACAAUGCAAUGGCCAGCUUCAACUCCAUACCACAGCUCCCCAAUGGCGCAACGGCCAAUACCGCCGACGCCCUCGGGCUGAACGCCGCUGGUCAGCCUAUGGGAAUGGGAAUGGGAAUGGGCAUGGGCGAUCCCUUUGGCUUUGACGAAGCGCUUCUCGAUGUCAAUUCCGACCUCCACGCCGGAAUCCCCUUCACUCCAUCCGCCUACGACUUCGACAACUUCACCUUCGAAGACCCCUUCUCCACGACAACAUCCUACCCUCCCUUCCCCGGGCACUCGCAAGGGCGCAGCCACGGCGGCCACACGGCAUACAACCUCCCAUCCGUCGGGGGCCCCAUCGUCGGCGCCGUCGCAGCCGAAGCCGAAGCCGCCCUCAAAAUAACCACCAACGAAGCCGACUCCCCUUCCGACCUCCUCGACAACAAACUGCUAGGCUUCAGCCCGCCCAUCCCCUCCGGGCAGGCCACCCUCAUCGACUCUGAAACCGGCCGGUUCGCCGACCUUAACAUGACCGCCGAGCUAUACGGCAUGUUCUUCGUCGCCGAGGACGUGUUCGCCAGCAACACGCCGGAGCAGGGCCAGGCACAGCACCCCGGCGCCAGACCUUUGGAGUUGACGUGUUAUCGAAGGAAUCUGUGGCAGUGCACGGGGCAGGUUACCCUGCCUAGACAUGCGCUGCAUUGCUCGCUUUUGAUAGAUGGGGAGCAGCAGGGUGGGGGGAGACAGGUGCCGAUAAAAGAGUUGUGGGCGUCGAUUACGGCUGCGGAGAGUAUUGAGGGCAAACAGACGGAGAUUAUCAGCAUCCCUUGGAAGAGCAGUAAUCCUGCUUUGGCGGCGGGAAAUGGGCAAGGAGGACAACAAGCCCCAGGACCGCAGGAGGAACCAUCGAAAACAGCGACGACGCCGCCGAAGCAGUUACUCGACUUGUCAGCAGGCCAGGAGGUAGAUGGGAGCGGGAAUCGGGUGUCGAUACCGGUGUCGUGGAAGCGGUUGCAGUUUAAGCAUGCUACGGCGAAUAACGGACGGCGGAAAGGGUUGCAGCAGCAUUAUGUUGUGCAGAUUAACUUGUUGGCGAAGACGAGCGAGUCUGGGGACAAGUUGAUCAAGUUGGCGGAAAUUCAGUCCGGCCCGGUGAUUGUGAGGGGGAGGAGUCCGAGGAAUUUUGAUAGUAGGAGGGAUGUUCCGCUGACGGGCGAUCGGAAGGGGAUGUUGCAGCGGACGAGUACGGAGGGGUCUGUAGGUGUUGGUGUUGGCGCUGGCGGGAACGGCAGCAAUGGGAAACAACAACUGCAAACGCAACAGCAACAGCAACAACAGGGUAUGGAUCGAUCGGAAAUGCUCCAGAGGUAUCACUCCUUAGGGAAUCAGCCAUCAUCAUCAGCCUGGUCCUCAACCCCCACCCCUCAAUCCUUCAGCACCUCACCCAACCCUCAACAGCAACAACACCACCCCAACAAGAAACUAGCCAUGUCCGUUUCUCCGAACCCCGGCUCCCGACCACCAAUACCAUCGUGGGGAUAUUCCCCCUCAGACGUCAACAACAACAACAACAACAAUAACGCCCAAAACAACGGCCCCCGAAGAAAGCUGACUCCCUCAGCUACCACCCACAAAACUCACCACCGCAGCACCUCUUCCACGACUUCAAUACCGAUGAUACCGACUGCUCUGCCGAUUAGUCUGUCUCUAUCGGAGGACGAACAGCAGCAGAGGAGUCCGCCUAUGAAUAGAACGAACUCGGGGUCGGGUGAUAAUAUGAGAAGCCCGUUGUAUCCGAAGUCGGGUGGUGGUGGUGGGUUGAAGCAGGAGGGUGGGAAGGGGAUGGGGAUGGGGAUGGGGAUGGGGAUAGGUACUGGUGUUGGUUUGGGCUUGGGCGGCGCAGCAUCUGGGACGGGAAUGCACAAUACGAAGAGCGAGAGUCUGAACCAGAGUAGUCAGAAGGAGAAUGUUGUUGGAAGUCCGUUGGAGGCAGCGGAUUUGUUGUAUGAGUACUUCCCGCUGAGUUUGGAUGAUUGGAUGCCACCAGUAGACGCAGUCUACCGCCCCCACGUCGUUCACCACACCAUCGUCCCGCCCGAAGUCAAGGCUCAACAAACGAAAAGCAAAACAAAACGAUAUUUUGCUGCGGAAUGAAUGACAUCUUAUUUGUCUCUUAUCUGUGUUGUCGAAUGAUUUGGUUUGGUUUCAUUUCAGGUUCUGCUUUGGGAGUUUGGGUUUGGGUUUGGGUUUGGGU